ACACACAGAGAGAGAGAGAGACGCAAGUGUGUGCGACGUACAUACAACCAUACCCGCCCGUCACGUUAAACGCUUGUCGGUGUCUUCAUUCUACGUCGUUCGAUAUGUCUACAUGUCGAAUGGGUUUUCGACAGUGGUGAAUUCGUACUGAAGCUAAACGCAUCGCUAAACAGUUCACUGUGCAAAAGUAUCCAGGCGUUUAUUCGGCUCAAUCUACACACCAAAAAAACGCAUAUUCUGAGAAAGAAAGCAGAGAAAAAAACCAAAGCGAUAUAAAAAAAAAUAAAAAUUGAGAAGAAAAUCGUGUGCAGUUUUACUGUCUUCGUCUGUCAUUAAUUUGUUGCGAGUGCGUUCGUUUUCUUUUUGUUUGUUCUUGGGUCAUUCAAUAAAUUUACGAUUGGAUUUACGUUUAAAAUACACCAAAUUUCAAUUUGAUCGAAAAGUUAUUUGCUCAUCGCUUGAAUCCGAAAAUAUUCGCGGCAUAUUCAUUAAAAGUUAUUGUUUUUUUUUGUUUCGUUUUCUUUACCGCUGAAUACACAUAUAUCGCUGAUUUGAUUCGAUAGUAGGACGACGGCUACAUCAGCAUUGGCAAUCAGAUUCAGAACCUUUGUAUGGGUUUGCAUAGUUUUGUUGCUCUUUUUUUUCGUCUCUUCUCGGUCAUCGGUGUAGUUUUUCUUUUCUUCUUCUGUGUAACGAAACACGUAUUUUGUGAGUGAAGUUCUUCUCUUUGCACUAUAUUACGCUUCUUCAUUCGUUUUACUCUCUCUCUCUCUGCAUGUGUCGCGCGCGAGCUACGUUUUCAGUUUCACUGUUGUUCGUGUUUUGAGUUUGUUUUUUCGCUGCUUACUUCGUAGUAUUGUGAAAAGCCAAUUAAUUCAUUAAAAACGCGCAAACUGCAAAGGGAAAAAAAAUCGCCGCUUGAAAUUCAAUUAUGUCUCUAAUAUUUUUUUCGCGACGUCGAAUAAUGUGACAACGAAACUGAACGAGAAGAAAAAAAAUUUACUCAUCGUUUGAGUGUCAAUCAUACUGUGUGCUCAAACGAGGAAUCCAUUCAAAAUAUCGUGUUUUUUCAGGUGAAGAGAGAAAGAACACAAAUUGAAAUUGAAAAUUAAAAAAAAAACACGGGGCUAAAAGUGUCAGUGACUGUGUAUUCUGAUAUAGAAAAAAAAGCGAGUGAAACCAACGACAUCCAGUUAUCGCUUUGUUUCAUCGUUAAAAUAAACCAAAAAGAAGGUGCUUUAUUGGAUUAGUUUAGCCCAUUUGCGACAUAAAAGUCCAUUGAAACCAUAAUAAUUCAACGGUUGAUUAAUGGUUUUACGAUCAUAACGCGUACCACGAACGUGUUUGCAGUCUCGUCAAGCGUCGAACGAACAUUUAGCGUUUAAAUAAUGUCACAUCACAGCGACGAUCAGCUUCUGCAGGCUGGAAGCGAUUCAUUCUGGGAGGCCGGCAACUAUAAACGAACAACAAAACGAAUAGAAGAUGGCUACAAGCUUUGCACAGAUCUUCAGACACUGAUCCAUGAACGAGCUGAAAUAGAAAAAGCGUACGCAAAAAGUUUACGGGCUUGGUCGAAAAAAUGGGGUGAACUCAUAGAAAAAGGACCCGAGUAUGGCACGAUGGAAGCGGCAUGGAAAGGCAUUUUAACUGAAGCUGAACGCGUCUCUGACGUUCAUCUAAAAGUCAAAGAAAACUUGUGCAUUGGCGAAAUUCAACAAAUUAAAACGUGGCAAAAGGAUAAUUACCAUAAAAAUAUGCUUCAAAUAAAAGAGCGCAAGGAGAUGGAAGAUCUGUUUAAAAAGGCACAAAAACCAUGGGCAAAACAUUUGGCGAAAGUUGAAAAAACCAAAGCCGAUUAUCACGGAGCGUGUAAGACUGAAAAGACGGCCACAAAUCAAGAGCGAAAUGCCAGUGCCGACAGCUCAAUAUCGCAAGAUCAGAUCAAGAAAAUGCAAGACCGUGUACAGAAAACGAAGGAUGAAGUGCAGAAAUGUCGUGAAAAAUACGAGCAAGCGUUGCAAGAAAUCAAUAAGUAUAAUCCAAUUUACAUAGAAGAUAUGACCUCAGUGUUCGUCAAGUGCCAAGAAAUGGAACAAACCCGAUUGUGCUUCUUCAAAAAUGUUCUGUUCUCCAUUCACAAAACGCUAAAUGUCACGCAAGACCCGACUUUACCACAAAUUUACGAAGAGUUUUAUCAUACGAUCAAUAAUUCUGAUCAUCAAAAGGACUUGAAGUGGUGGUCAAACAACCAUGGAGUCAAUAUGGCCAUGAAUUGGCCCAACUUUGUUGAGUACACUGAAGAAUUCCGAGAUAUUGCAAAGGGAAAUAAAUCCAAAGAAGCUCUUCCAGCUGCACCCAUCACGCUCAUCCAUCAGAGACCCGUCGGCGAAGAGUUGCCUGAAUAUCCACCGCCACAAAAUAGCCGAAACAGCGUUAAAACGGCUAUUAAAACGACAGCUGUUCGAGUCAACAAGGAAGAUUCACCGAAAUCCAACAAUUCAUCGUCACACAACACAUCCAAUUCACCGAAUAAUCGAAAUUCAACAGUGACAAAUGGAACAAACAAAUCAGAAGCCAAUCCAUUCGAAGAGGGCGACGAUGGCGAGUGGGAUGAGGGUGAUGGUGAAAAUAUUCUGGUGGACAACGGAGAACCAGGCGUUCCAGUCAAAGCUUUAUAUGAUUACGACGGUGCCGAAAGUGAUGAAUUGACAUUUAAACAAGGUGAAGUCUUUGAGAAGCUCGAGGAUGAAGACGAGCAAGGUUGGUGCAAGGGUCGCAAAAAUGGACGGGUUGGUUUGUAUCCGGCAAACUAUGUUGAAGCUGUGGCAACGUAAACACCCCAAACGAAACGUUUAGAAAUGUCGUUUUAUUUUGUUUUGAAUUAAAAUUUAUAAUCUGUCGCAUUAAAGAAACCCUCCCAAUCAAUCAUUCACGUAGACCGUUUGCUUUUACUGUACAUAAAAGCGAAUUGCGAUCCAGAUUUUUAAAGAGAGGAAAAAACAAAAAUUGUCAAUGUAAAUAAAAUAUUCAUGAUUUGUUUGAAUAGCGAUAAAAAGAAACUAAUAACAAUAAUCCAUGUAUAAUGCAUAUGUUACGAUUCAUUAAAAGAAACAAUUGAAAUUGUGCAGAGGAAUUUGAAAUUGAAAAAAAAAUUAGAAGAAAAUAUAAUUAGAAAUUGUGAGUAGAAAGAGAGAAAAUGAAUGAUCGCAUGCAUUCAACAAUAUCAUUUAGCAAUAUUGAUUAAAUAUCAAUUGAAAUUGUAAGAUUUUGAAAUAUAUUAUAAAUCAAGUUCCACGAUUGUAUAUCAAGAGUAUUUGUGGCAUCCAUUAUAUCAAUCCACUAAUCAAUAUUAUAUAGUCGAACAUAUACAAACCAUUUUCUAUCCGCGUAGCUCCAAUCUUUUCUCAAAUCGACCAAUUUCAAAAUGCAUUUUUACAAACAGUACACAACAUAUACACAUACUGGACUGCAUUUUCAUUUAUGAUAAUCUAUUAUUCGUAGUAUCCAUUUGAAAUUAAUACGUAGCGGCAUAAAACGGCGAUUGAUUUUUAUCCCCCGCAUUUUAAAACAACAACAUUAAAUGAACCAAACAGAAUUAUUAAUGGAGAAAACAGCCCCAAAUUGUUUAAUCAAUAGACAUUGUUAUCUACUAUUAAUAUUUACAUUAUAAAAAAAAAACAAAAUAAAAUGUGAAAUUGUUUUGCGACAGUAA